AUGGCGUCGGCUAGAAGCACAGGAGAGGCAGCUCCCUCCCUCCCAGCCCUGGAGGAGGUGCUGAGACUGCGAAAAAUCUUAUUGCGUGCGUUACCACCUGCUGCAGCAGCAGGAGCAGCAGCAGGAUCUGCAGCAGGUACAGCAGCAGCAGCAGGAGGAGGAGGAGGAAGUGGAGGAGAAGAAGUGGAUGUAGAGACUGUACUGCAUGCGUUAUCUGCUUUAAAUACUAUCAACGUAAACAGAAGUCUCUUAGCUAAAUCUCGAAUUGGUGUUGCAGUGGGCGCCCUACGCCGCCAUAAACAUGCAGAAAUUCAAAACAAAAGUGCAGCAUUAGUAAACAAGUGGAAGGCAUGCAUAGCUCAUCAGACACCCCGUGGUGUACAGAAGACCAGCAGCAGCAGCACUCCAGGAGAAAGCGCAGCAAAUGCCUCUCCUCCGCUUCCAUCAGGAAGCACCACAAGCAGCAACAACAGCAACAACAGCAGCAGCAGCAGCAGCAGCAGCAGCAGCAGCAGCAAGGAGGAAGGCCCUCGGCCUCUACCUCCUUUCCCUGGGCCUACUUGCGGCGAUCCUACUCGCGACAAAGCUCGUAGCUUUCUAUGGAGGGCUUUAGUAGAGGGUUUAGAUGCAGCAGCAGCAGCAACAGCAACCACAACAGCAGCAGCAGCAGCAGCAGCAGCAGGAAGUACAGCAACAUCAGAAGAAACGGGCCGUCUUGCUGCAUCAAUUGAAGAAGCUCUCUGGCAGCGGUUUGUAGUUGAAAAGCAAAGUAUGAGAGAUUAUAAUACGCAAUUAAAAACAUUAAAGUGGAACCUAGCAGAUCCUAAGAAUCCUGAUUUAAAUUUAAAGGUAUUAUGGUGUAUAUACACCCCAGAACAACUAGCAGAGAUGAGCAGUGCAGAGUUAGCAAGCGACGCAAAGAAACAAGAAAGAGAACAGCAAAAGCAGCAAAGUCUUGAGGCUUGUCAAAGCGACUGGGAAGUCAGAAGAAUUAUUAAUAGCGGUGAGGCUAAUAACGGUCAGUUCCCUUGCUUUAAAUGCAAAACAAACAAAACUGUUUACUUCCAGAUGCAAACGCGAAGCUCUGAUGAGCCUAUGACGACUUUCGUGACAUGUUUAGAGUGCGGCAACAGAUGGAAGUUCUAA